GCUCUCUCAAUGCGAGUGUAUGGCACGAGUAAUGCGCACCCCUGUCACCUUUCAUCACUGAAAUGACAGGUAAUUCUGUCCGCUAGGUGGAGUUCUAACCAGACUGGAACAUAUGGCGUGAGACAUGAAGCCGCUACUACAGACUCUGCUCUUCACGCUGUUAUUGUCAGUGUUAGUUGACCCCCAGGCGCCGAACUUCCAGCUCGCCACCCCAAGGGUGAGACAGGCGUUGGCGUUAGCCAACUACCUGAUGAGGAGGCCCGUGGGUGAGAGGAGUAUCAGGAGGGACUGCAGGCUCAUCCCCCAGUCAGAUCUGGACAACAUAUUCAAUGCGAUCAGGCGCGCCAAGGCAGACACGCGUCUUCGUCCAAACGUCCACGAUUGUUUCGCAUUCCUGCACUCCCAUCCUCAAGUCAACGCAGGUGCUCAUGGAGGGCCCGGAUUUCUGCCUUGGCACCGAGUCUUCGUGUUCCUGUAUGAGAAGAUGCUACGGAUGUACGAGCCGACGGUGAGCAUGUGUUUCUGGGACAGCACUCUGGAACCUGACAACUUCGCAGAAUCUUCAACGUGGACAGAGGCACUCUUCGGCAACGGUAACGGCCCAGUCACCUCCGGCCCGGGUGCUGGUUGGACGACGCCUGUCGGACGCCUGACCCGCGAUGCAGGCCAGCGUGGAAGGCCACUGAACAUGGCCGACAUCGAGAACAUCCUGUCACAGGGAACCCUGGGAGAAGUUUCAUUCCCUAACGGCCAUGUCUCCUCCAACGUGGAAGAGGUCCACAACCACGUCCAUGUCCACGUCGGCGGCCACAUGGGUCAGAUUGAGACGGCUGCAUACGACCCCAUCUUCUGGUUCCAUCAUACGUUUGUGGACUGCAUCUACGAGUGGUUCAGAGACGAACAAAAGAGUCGUGGUACCGUCAACGUCCAACGUGAUUGGCCACGUGACUGGGGCGAGAGCGCCCACGGUCCCUUCAGGGCAAUGAGACUGGGCUCCUUGAGAAACAUCGACGGUCAGAACGACUUCUUCAGCACAAGAGUGCUUCAGUGUCACCGUGUCCCUCGUUGCAGGACGAACGCUGACUGUGGACGUCACAUGACCUGCGAGGCUCGUUCUAGUAGAUGCACGAGCACAACACGGGUAACCCAAAGCAACAACUUUUUCAAUGGUCUGAUGGGAAUGCUGGGUAAUAUUGGUCAAGUCGGAAACUUGGGUAAUCUUGGAAACAUGUUCGGUGGAAACAUAGGAGGAUUUAAUCAGAACAACGGCCCAGGAGCGAUGAAUGGUUUCAAUACCUUCAGGAACCCAAAUCAGUUUGGGGGCCCACAACAGGGCAAUUUCGGCGGACCACCUGGCGGCCAGCGUAACUUUGGCGGACAACCCGGAGGACCUCAAUUCGGUAUCCAAGGCAACCCUCAGUUCGGACCCCAAGGCAAUCAGUUCGGACGCCCUCAGGGCGGUAACGGCUUCGGUGGAAUGGGUCCCAUGCAAGGGGGUCCUAUGCAAGGGGGUCCUAUGCAAGGGGGUCCAAUGCCCGGGGGUCAGGGAGGAAACUUCGGUCGCGGUGGUGGUGGUCAGUUCGGCUUUGGUCAGUUUGGGAAGUAAUCAAUUGCUGUAUGGUUUCAUGUCUGUCAUAUUCGGCCUACUUUUCUUUUCACGACAGUUAUGCUCAAAAUUGGACAAUAUUAACCUUGAAGUAUCAUAUGGAAAAAAUUAUUUUCGUGUUAUUUCAUAGUAAAUGUUUGAAUGUACAGUACCUGGAAAAUAAAUGGUCUUUGUUAUGCUA